CACCUUUCUGAGAUGGCCGGGCAGUCAGACAAGGAUGUGAAAUACUACACCCUGGAAGAGAUUCAGAAGCACAAAGACAGCAAGAGCACCUGGGUGAUCCUGCAUCAUAAGGUGUACGAUCUGACCAAGUUUCUCGAAGAGCAUCCUGGCGGGGAAGAGGUCCUAAGAGAACAAGCUGGGGGUGAUGUUACUGAGAACUUUGAGGAUGUCGGGCACUCUACGGAUGCACGAGAACUGUCCAAAACAUGCAUCAUUGGGGAACUCCAUCCAAAUGACAGAUCAAAGAUAGCCAAGCCUUCGGAUACUGUCGAGUCUAAUUCCAGCUGGUGUACCAACUGGGUAAUCCCAGCCAUUUCAGCCCUGGCUGUAGCUCUGAUGUAUCGCCUCUACAUGGCAGAAGAUUAA